AUGUCUGCUCCUCACGGGGACCCCAAUGGCUCUGCUCCCCCUCCACCCCCCCCCGCGGACCCUCCCCCCCCGGGGGGUCGUUACCUGCUCAUCGACGCGCAGGGGCUGCCCUACACGGUGCUUGUCACGGACAGCGGCGGCGCUGCAGUUCCCAGCGGCGACCACAGCGCGGCGCUGCGCUGCGCUCCCAACAGUGACCACAGCGCGGCGCUGCGCUGCGCUCCCGGCACCGACCACAGCGCGGCGCUGCUCUGCGCUCCCAGCAGUGACCACAGCGCGGCGCUGCGCUGCUCUGCCGGCACCGACCACAGCGCGGCGCUGCUCUGCGCUCCCAGCAGUGACCACAGCGCGGCGCUGCGCCGCGCUCCCCGCACUGACCACAGCGCGGCGCUGCGGUGCCCGGAAUGCGGCCGCGCGUUCCCGUUCCCGUCCUACCUCCGCCGCCACCGCAUCGCGCACUCCCCGCACAAGCCCCACGAGUGCCGCGCCUGCGGCAAAGCCUUCAAGCGGCGCUCGCACCUCGAGCGGCACCGGGUGAGCCACGGCGGGCGGCAGCCCCACGCCUGCGCCCUGUGCCCGCGCCGCUUCCGCCACCCCGGCGAGCUGGGGCAGCACCAGCGGGUGCACAGCGGCGAGCGCCCCUUCCAGUGCGCCCUGUGCCAGCGGCGCUUCGGGGAGCGCGGGGCCCUGCGACGGCACCUGCGGCGCAAGAGCCACGCGCGGGCGUGAAG